ACGAGCAAGAAGAAGAAGCUGAACAGUACAUUAUUCAUUAUAGAGAAGCAUCCUACUGGUUUUUGUGAGGUUUGUCAGACAUUAGAAACCGUAGAACAUGUACUAUUAAGUUGCAGAAGAUAUGAAGAACAAAGGAGAAAAAUGAUGGAAGAAUUAAGAAAAGAUGGGUUGGUUGGGGCAGAGAUAAAAGAUGUACUGAAAAGUGGGGUGAUUGGGCAAGGCAAGAAAAAUCUUUGUAAUUUCUUAGUUAAUACUGGUUUGAUGAGUAGAAUAUGAUCGCGGAAGAUAAACUGGUAAAAAAGGGAGCAGAGUAACAUCGCAGGAGACUCAGCCAAAAGGUGGCGGUAGUGCAACGCUUACGGAUGCAAGCCGCCGUUUAAACCUCAAAGAAGAAAAAAGAGAAGAAGAAGAAGAAGAAGAAGAAGAAGGUGAAGAUGACGAAGAAGAUCCGUAUUGACAAUCUUCGGUCAUUCUGUUAGUCUUGGAAAAAGUUAUCAUGUAAUUUUUAGCAGUAUAGAAAUCAUAAUUUCAAUUCGGUAUAGAAAUCACUCCGCGGGCCUUUAGUGAGGUUUAUUAGCAAUCGUCGUUAACAGACUAAUAUUAAUAAAUAAUAUCCAUUGAAAUCAACAUUAUGAAGAGCACUUUACAAAUCGUUCUGUUUUUGCUAAUGAUGUGCGGAGUGUUUUAUGCUGAAACUGAUGAACCGAUUUCAGUGAUGGAGGGGGAUUCUGUAACUCUAAACCUUGAUCUUACUAAAAUACAGAGACUUUAUCUGAUACAGUGGAGGUUUGGAGAUAAAGGUUCCACCAUUGCUCAAACUGAUGGAAAUGAAAUCUCAGAUGAAGAUUAUGAGAUAUUUAGAGACAGACUGCAGCUGAAUCAGACCGGAUCUCUCACCAUCACAAACAUCCGAACCAAUCACUCUGGACUUUAUGAAGCAGAAAUCGGCCACAGCACUGGAACCUCAUAUAUUAAAUUCAAUGUUUACGUCUAUGAGCCUCAUUCUGUUAUUGCUGGGGCAGAAUCUGAAAUGAAAAGCGUGUCAGUGAUGGAGGGAGAUCCUGUCACUCUUCAUGUUCCUCAACUACAAGGAAAUGAGCUGAUAGUCUGGGGGUUUGGAGAUGAAGGAAAACUCAUUGCUAAACAUGAUAUGGAGGCCAAGACCAUAAUGUUAUAUAAUACUGACGAGAGAUUUCGAGACAGAUUGAAACUAGACCGUCAGACUGGAUCUCUGAUCAUCACGAACAGCAGAACCACAGACUCUGGACCUUAUUCAGUAAAGAUCAGCAGCAACAAACAGACUUCAUACAAGAGAUUCACUGUUACUGUCAGUGGUCCAGGUCUGUCUCCAGGUGCUGUAGCAGGGAUUGUUGUUGUUGUUGUUCUGCUGGUGGCUGCUUCUGCAGCUGUUGGUGUUUUUUUCUAUAGGCGCAAAUGUUUUUCAGGUGAUAAAGUGUUUUUCAAGUAUUUCAGGUGAUAAAGCAAGAAAGAAAAAUUGACUUUGUUGCAUGACAGUAGAUGUAAAUAUAAAAUACCACUUAAACUGCACAUGAAGCUUUCAUAUUAGUAAGACUUAUAUUAUUUUUGAUCUUUUUGAUGGUCAUGAUAAACUCUCAUUGCAUGGAAAAGAGCUGCAUGAAGAUUCUUUAAUAUCAAGUUUGUAGGAAGAUGGCGAGUAAAUAAUGACAGAUUUAUUUAGUAAUUUGAUGUGUUUUAUGUCUCAGUGUUUCUGUCAUGUUCAUCUAUUUAUUCACUUAUAAUCUCCUAAUUUCUCUUUCUAUGUGCUGCUGUGACAUGAAGCGAAGAUCUCUGAACGGAAAAAUGAAACAUGUAAGUAUUACAGCUGAUACAGCCAAAGAAAAUGUAUCUUAAUUGUGCUACAGUAAAUGUAUAAUGUAAUUUUUUAUCAUAUGUAAUUUUAUAUUAAAGGUUCUGCUUGGGUUUGAUUCAGUGCAGUAAUUAAUGAAGCAUUUUCGGGUUUCUAUGUGCUGCUGUGACAUGAAGUGGAGAUACUAAAGCAAACAUAUAAGUAUUACAGCUUAAACAACAGGAGAAAAAUUAAAGAGCAUCAGAAUUACAUUUAUAGUUUGAAUUUUGUAACAAAAUGUACAAAGUUUGAAAGAAUUGGAUAUUAGACUUGUUAUAGUUUAGUUUUAUUCAGGCAACAUUAUUAAAUUCAAACUUUAAAGCUACAACUUUUAGGCUUUUUUUU